AUGACAAGUGACACAGCAGUCACGUGGUGCGAGGAGCCCACUCUGCUCCCUCACAGAUCCACAGAGCGAAGAGCUGGAUCACAGACUGUCUGGAGCGGAGAGGGAGAUUACGUUCGGCCGCGGACUAUCCUCCGUUCUGCUGAACCGGUGUCGCGUCGUUCUCCAAGUAUCACGGAUGUUCCCGGCGGAGAUGGCAAGUUGCAUCAGCACAGACUUCCAGCGGUGGGAAUAGCACCAACAGCUAGCACCAGCAGUGGGGCCAAGAUUACAAUGGGAAUCUCCAGGCUUUCCAGCACCAGUCUGGGUUCCUCUGGCUCUGGGUAUGCGGACCUUAUGUAUCGGGAAAGAAGGGAACAAGAAGCGGAACUGUGUCCCAGACUGGGGGGGAGGGAGGGGUCGAACAGCCCAGAUGGCACCUGUGUCAGAUCCACAACUACUUGCAUGCAGCGGCGUCAGAUCGAUGUGCGCAAGUUUUGCUGA